AUAAUAAUUAAUUGUGUUAAAGGGAAGUUUUUCUCUUCCAAUGGCCUUUGGGCACAUGGACUCAUUGGGGGCAUGUCAGGCAGAUCAGCUGUUCCUCAUGUUCAGACAUGAAGAUGUAUCCAAGUCUUGGUUGGGUGAUCUAGCGCUGCAGACAGAAGACGACAUUAAUGUUUCAAAUAAACUGCUGAAAAUGUUGGUUGAGUUUGCAGGAACAGGAAAACCCAGCAAGGAUAAUAUAUGGAAACCUGCAGAGCUGGAAAAUUUGUCGUAUGCGGUGUUAGACAGUAAAGAGGUUCGAAUGGAGUACCCUGCAGUAUUUGCGGAGAGGAUGCAACUUGUCCAAAAUAUGUUUCAAAUAAUUCAUAAACACAGAAAUUUCAACAUGAGCGAACAUCCGGCCCUGGUUCAGAUGCAGAAGGACAAGGAGAUAUUUGGCCAGGAGGAGAUUAACAAAGAGAUUAACAGUGAUGCUGAUUGGGGAAUCCAAAGGGAGGCUGUGGAGACAGAUGUGGAAUAUGUAUCGGAGGCCGGAGACAAAUCGGAGGCUAAAGGUGGAGAUAAACCCGAGGCGGAGAAGAAGGCGAAUGUUGAGGAUGUGGAGGACAUAUUUUCACUCGAAAAAGCCAUGGAGAUGUUAAACAAUUGGGAGGCGUAUGCCAGUAGUGAGGAGGUGAAGGAGAUUGUGAAGGGAAUUCAGAAGGAUGGAUCCUUUAAGGUGAUAACAGAUACUUUGAAGAACAUCAAGAUUGAGACAAAUAAAGACGAGCUUUGAAACUGGAAACCAUUCGGAGAAAACCUGUUAUUGUUUUGAAAAUAGAUAUUUUUUAACAAAUAUGAUAACUUAACUUCUGUUAUCGAUUUUUAGAUAAAGAAACAAGAAUAUCUUCCA